AUGUCCGAGGACGAUAACUGGUCGGUAAAUUGUUUCGAUGCAAGCGACUGGAUGCCAUCGCCGGAAGAACUGGAAACGGCGUACUGUGCUCUGGAAAAGGGAACUUACACACUGGAACUGAACUGGAAAAACCCUGGACGCCGAGCACCUUCUCCGGCGAAAAAGGAUGAACCAAAGGUUACCGAAAUAGUUGAUAAAGAAGCUGCGGCUAAAAACAAAGAGUUCGAUUUCAUGGAUGACGUCGCACUGCCACAAAUGCGCGUCCGCGUCCAAACUUCCGGCCCGAAAGGAUCCGCCAAAAAGAAGACAACCAACUUUGCCGGUGUGCUGGAUCACAUGAAGAAGCACGGCCGGUUAACACAGUCCAAGGAUAGUUCGGGCACGUAA